AUGGAAGAGAUUCGUCGGAAAAGAGUGUUAAUGGUUCCAGCGCCGUACGAAGGCCAUUUACCUUCGAUGAUGAAUUUAGCCUCGUACCUUUCUUUUAAAGGCUUUUCAAUCACAAUCGUUCGAACUCAAUUCAACUUCAAAGACAUAUCUGCUAAAUUCCCUCAUCUCCACUUCGUUACUAUCGACGACGGCUUGUCAGGAUCGUCUCUCGGUCUCGUUGACUUUCUUCUCAAGCUUAACUCUGUUUGUGAACCCCUGUUGAAAGAAUUUAUAACCCUACAUAACGAUGUUGACUUUAUCAUCCAUGAUGAAUUCGUCUACUUCCCUCGUCAAGUUGCAGAAGAUCUGAAUCUUCCGAAGAUGGUCUUUAGUGCUUCUUCCGCUGCCACGUCGAUCAGCAGGUGUGUGCUUAUGGAUCUCCAAGAAAAAGGGUUACUUCCUCCACAAGAUGAAAGAUCUCAACAUGAAGAAAUGGUGCCAGAGUUUCAUCCCUUUCGGUACAAAGAUCUACCUGUGACAGCUUAUGGAUCUAUGGAGAGACUAAUGUUACUUUACGGUAAUGUAAGCAAGAGAGGCACAUCUUGUGGGAUAAUACACAAUUCUUCGGAAUCAAUAGAGAAAGAUUUCACAUCAGCUGCACAAGUCAAGUGGGGCGUUCAAAUAUACUCUAUUGGUCCACUCCAUAUGACUGAUUUCGCAACCUCGUGUCCGAGUUUGUUUGAUGAAGAAAGAAACUGUCUUGAAUGGCUUGAUAAGCAACAACCAAACUCGGUGAUGUACAUAAGCAUAGGCAGCUUGGCGAUGACGAAAGAGGAAGAGUUUGUGGAGAUGGCCAUGGGACUCGUUCAGAGUGAACAACCCUUCUUGUGGGCGAUCCGACCAGGUUCCAUAACCGGGGAUGAGUCCUUAGACUCACUACCGGAACAGUUCAGAGAAACGGUGACGGACGGGAGAGGAUUUGUAGUGAAAUGGGCCCCACAGAAAGAGGUGCUAGGGCACCAAGCAGUUGGAGGGUUUUGGAACCAUUGUGGAUGGAACUCAACAUUGGAGAGUAUAAGCUGCGGCGUACCAAUGAUAUGCAGACCAUAUUCUGGUGAUCAGAGGGUGAAUACUCGACUUAUGACACAUGUUUGGCAAACCGCAAUAGAGGUAGAAGGAGAAUUGGACAGAGGAAUUGUAGAGAUGGCUGUGAGGAGGCUUAUUGUGGGUCCAGAAGGUGAAGAGAUGAGAAAGAGAGCCAUCAUACUAAAGGAGGAGGUUGAAGUCUCUAUCAGAAUCGGAGGCUCUUCUCGCAGUGCUUUAAACAGUUUGGUCGAUUCAAUCAGGUCAUCAUGA